AUGGCAGGUCGCGUCUGCGGGCCCUGGGUUCCAGCUGCUUCUCGAGAACCAGGAAGGCGGGCUGCGGCCAGGCCGCCGCGCUGUCUGCAGCUGGGGCCAGGACGCGCGUCUGCAGGGAAGCUCAGGAGGUAUGUUGCUGGAGGACAGUGUAAGUCAACAGCUAAGCUAGAUGGGAAGGUGGUGAUAAUCACAGGAGCCAACACAGGCAUUGGGAAGGAGACAGCCAGAGAUCUUGCACGAAGAGGUGCGAGGGUGAUUGUUGCCUGCAGAGACAUAGCAAAGGGAGACGCUGCAGCCAGUGAAAUCCGAGCUGAAACGGGGAACCAGCAGGUCAUUGUGAAAAAACUGGACUUGGCUGAUACAAAGUCCAUCCGGGAGUUUGCUGAGAACUUUCUAGCAGAGGAGAAGGAACUCCAUAUCCUCAUUAACAAUGCUGGGGUAAUGUUAUGCCCUUACUCCAAGACAGCUGAUGGCUUUGAGAUGCACCUGGGAGUCAAUCACCUCGGUCACUUUCUCUUGACCUUCCUAUUGCUGGAGCGUCUGAAGCAGUCUGCCCCGGCCCGCAUAGUGAAUGUGUCCUCACUAGCUCAUCACGGAGGCCGAAUCCGCUUCCAUGACCUCCAUGGUGAGAAGAGCUACAAUCGCGGCCUUGCCUACUGUCACAGCAAACUGGCUAAUGUGCUCUUCACGCGGGAGUUGGCGAGGCGGCUGCAAGGUACUAAAGUUACAGCAAACUCUCUCCACCCUGGCUCUGUCCGUUCUGAACUGGUCCGGCACUCGUUUGUAAUGACAUGGUUGUGGAAGAUGUUCUCAUUUUUCUUGAAGACGCCUUGGGAGGGAGCUCAGACUAGCGUGUACUGUGCAGUAGCAGAGGAGCUAGACUCUGUGACAGGACAGUAUUUCAGUGAUUGCCAGCCAGCAUAUGUAUCUCCACGAGGGCGGGAUGAUGACACAGCAAAGAAGCUCUGGAGUGUGAGCUGUGAGCUCCUAGGCAUCCAGUGGGACUGAACAGUACAGACCUCAAGCAUGCAAGCGGCUGACUGUGGUGAUGCCUUUCCUGGGAAGAGCACUGCUGAGAGACCUCAAGACAAGAGCUUUGGCACUUCCAGAUGCCCUCAUGAUGGUUCAGUGGACACAAUCUAAUAUGAAUUUCUGGAAUAUUAUAAGGAGUGAGAUUAGUAAGCAGCCAGUCCCCUUUCCUAGCUGGAGACUUAGAGCACAAAUGCAGCUAUUAACUGAUAUUUACUUGAUAUUCCACAGCCAGGUGCUAACUGUGCUCUGGCUCUAGAAUAGAAGUGAGGGGCUUGCAGUCUUCUGUCUAGAUUAUGAAGCAAUGAAGACCUCCCUUUAUUGAUUUUUUUCCCCCCCUAUUGCAGUAGUAAUAAAUCCUAAAUUUAUGCUCUAAGGUUAUUUUCAGUUUCUAGUAUUUGACCUGGCAGAGUAGGAGGAGUACUUUUUAGAGUAUUAAGGUUUAUGGCAAUUACAUGUAAUACAAAUACUCUCUAGCACACAGAAACAGGUGUUGGCCUUUUUGUGCCAAGCAUUAAAGUUUUCAGCUGGAAUUAAGUAUUGUUCCAUAUAUGCUCUGUAAGAAGUUGGGCCAUAGCUACUGAAGCACCUUGUCCCCAAAUAACCAUUGAUUAGAGUAAGUAAACUAAGUGUCUGUAUAUUUUUGAGGACCCAGGUCUCAAUGCAGUUGACUGGGAGGUUAAAU